UAAUUAAGAAAGCACGAGAAAGAUAUAUUAUAGUUUUUCGUGUGAUUUGAAGUUCGAGGGAGUUUUUUUUCUGUCUUUCUUUUUAAGAGAGAACGAGUGAACGUUGUUUUAGAGAAAAUAGGGGAUACAUCAUAUAAGGGAAAACAGUCAGUUGACUUAGACUGAGUUACAGAAUCUGACCGUGAUCUAAUGUGGCAUGUAUCUCGUGCGCCACUACAGGUAGAUCGCAUAUUCCCCAGUCAGUCAGUAGGUGUUUAGCCUUACUGGAUGAUAGAUGGUGGGCUAUUCAUACAUCUCUUCAGAACUAUCCCUAAUUACAUCCGGACUUUACAACUACCUGGAAAGAGCGAAAGGGAUCGCAUUCUUUGCCAGGGUUGCACCACACUCGACCUUCGACGGACAUGACGAGGAGGAAGCGUGAGAGGUCCUUCGGACAUUACAAGCUUGCAUUUUUUUGAAUGAACGGACGCCCAGUGAAUCUGCUGCUUCUUCGCCUGUGGUUCGUUUUGGGCGGCAUUUGUGACUGGAAGAAAACUACUACAGAGUCGGAUUGUUAAGCCAAGACAACCGACAACUCAAGGAUGGCCUCUAACAAGCAGGAAGCUAUCAUUCCCCUGGUUCAUCAGAACUUGUCCAAGAAUCAGAACGCGUUCGGUUCAACCGCAGGCACUCAGUCGGACGGACGAUUCCAGGAGGUGGAACUCUCCAUGGACACCGUGGACUUUGUGAAUCCAGAGACGGACUCUGAUAACAAAGAUUGGUUUUUAUUGCAUGGACCUGACAUCAUGCUGCUAAGAAGUAUCACCAUUGGUGAAAUGAUAGGCGGCUCUUGUAAUGUGAACGACGACAAUGGGAACAGAAUUUUCCAAGUGACAACCAUCGAAAACAACAUGUGCUGUAACUUAAACUUCAGAGACAAGCCUAGGGUGACCAUAGACAUCACCAACGCCUUCAACGAGAUCUGUAUUCAGAAGUACGACAGGCCCAUUCGAACGCAGAAGUUCCAGCUUACUAUGUGUGAAGUUCUGGAGAAACCAGCCAGAAGAAUUGGCUCCAUAGAUGGCGUAGCGAGCGACGGAAUCUUCCUUAAGACCAGAUCGAAAGAGACGUUUCUGAUCUACAUGGACGAGAAGAUGGGAAAAAAAGACUACCAGCAAGCUUAUAAGAUAUACCCAACAUUGGCUCCCUAUGACGUUGGAACGAUUAGGUACAAUAAAAAAAAGGAGUUCGUUCUGACAUUUCCUCUGAAAUGUGCGUCUUACGAACGGUAUCUUAUCAUGGCUUGUGCUGUUCUAUUGUGCUAUCAGUUGCAGAAAAUGAGACGAGAUGUCAAUAGAUACUUCCAGUCGACGAAACCGAAAGAUGCUGGCGGAGGCGACGUAGGGGGAGGAGACGUUGAUGAAGUAGGAGGAGGUUUAGGGGGAGUAUUUGGAGGCGUGAUGAGAAUAAAUGUAGCACUAAAAAGGCUCUUCUCUUGGGAAACUCCGCCUUGCCAAGCAAGGGGGUCCUGCCCAGCUAGGAAACAGUCCUCAGGGUCUACCUCCCUCCGGGAGAGUCCUGGAGGUACUGCUAGGCUGAAAAGCAGUCCUUUGGGGUUUGCUUUUCCCUCGAAUCUCAAGGCCCCCUAUCAUGCAAGAUUGAUUGACUGA